AAAAAAAGAACGCAAAAGUUUUUAAAAAGCAAAGUAGAAAUUUAAUUUCGACUGUAUUGUGGUAUAGUUUGUUUCUGUUUACAAACGACGAUUUGUUUUCGUUCGUUUAUUCCGUUUCUUUCGUUUAAGAGCAGCACACUGAAGGCUAGCAUGGCUGCUCACCUGUUGCCUAGCAACCUCUGACAGCGCGUUCUAUAUCUCCGACCUGUAACUUAAACCAUUAAUAACUUUUUAUAAUAUAAUGUAUACGUGUCUGAUAAACGUUACUGGGUGUCAAAAAACAUUAAAAACAGAAUGUGCCUUUAUUUAUUAAACGGUGUCGUUAGUCAUGCUUAUGAUCUUGGCACGCGCAUGCGCGAGAUACCAGACCAGAAGUUAUUAACGCGAGACAGAUAUUACAGGUGACGUCAAAUAUUUUUUUAAAUAAAAAAAUACGUAAUGUUAUGUAAUAUGCCUACCCUUAACCUCUAAUAAUAAAAAUACCCUUCGAAAAAUAAAUGAACAGAUAAACGUUUACAGUUUUACUCCAGGUUGAGCUUGGGCAUUAAGCUCCGCCCACUACAAAAUUACGUCAUCUCACAUAGCACUGAGAAGCACCGAUCAGCCAUAACAUUAUGACCGCCUGCCUAAUAUUGUGUCAGUCCCCCUUUUUGCUGCUAAAACAGCCCUGACCUGACCAGGCAUGGGUCUGAUUGCUAAUACAGAGCCUACCUCUGCAAAAAUUGUGAAAUAACUAACACAGCCUUAUCUAUAACUCAGUGGCGGGCCGUGCAUUUCACACCUAGGCCUUCAAUGGUGUCCUUCCUGAAUUAAUCCACCUCUAUACCAUCAUUAUGACGCCACGGCAAUAGAUACUAAUCAACCGUUAAAUAGCAAAGUAAAAAAGAAAUUAGGCUGCAGUAUUUCACACCUCACAAGGAAUAGUCAAUUUUGUCACUGUUACUUUUCUCAAAAAUUCUUGAUGCCGUAUGCAGCAAAGUGCAAUCUCCGGAGGACGCAGCAUCCGAAAUGAGACGCAGUGAACAUGAAAAGACACAGUCCACCCCGGGGAUCUGGAAUGAAGGCAAACUGUUUGUUUUGUGCAAAAGAAAACCCAAAAGCAUAAAUGGUUCUUGAAAAGCUUACCAACUAUUUUGAAGAAUCAAAAGGAUUUUCUUGAAAAGUCCGCCUUGAAAAUGCAUUUGUAAGGAUGUCCGCGACAAAAUCGAUUUCUUCUCCUCUGUCAGCCAUUGUGAGUUAAAAUAUAUAUAUUUUAGUCAGUUUGUGCGGGUCGCUGCCUCUGACUACUUCAAUUAUCCAAUCAAAGGACGGGAAAUUGUUGACGUAAUUGUAUGCCUGCUAGAUGGCCCCCGUGACGCCAACUCGAAAUCUGAUUGGUUAAGAAAGGAUUUCCAAUCAACAGUCCAGAUUCUUCCAGAAAGUGUUUAGGUUUUGAUCACCAUGGACAGAUUUCUGUGAUUUAGAGAAGACAGAACGUUGAAAUGAGGUUGGAAUAUCACAGAACAUCUUGCUGACCCUUACACACACACACACAAUGGGGAGUACACAGCGGCCCACAACUCCAAACCAGGGUCACCACAGAAACAGAUCUCUGUCUCCAACACAAAGGCCAGUUAGUGGAAACACCAUCAUAGAGGGUGAUCUGCAUGGUGAGACAAUGACAGUGACAGUAGAUCAGACAGAAGACGGUCAUUUGGGCUUCAGUGUUCGUGGAGGAGCUGAGCACGGCCUCAACAUCUUCAUCAGCAAAGUGGAGUCCAGUAGUGCUGCAGAGCAGGCAGGACUGUGUGUGGGGGAUAAGCUCCUGGAGGUGAACGGUAUCAGUCUGGAGAACAUCAGCAUGAGCAGUGCUGUGAAAGUGCUGACAGGACACCGCCGCCUCCGAUUGGUCCUCCAGAGAGUGGGGUGGGUCCCUGGGGUCAGAUACACCAAUGAGAAGACUACCUGGGUAGAUCUGAUCCACCGCAGGAUGGUGGUAGAGGAGGGGGACGUGUCUCUGUCAGAAAGGCGUACAGACGGUGCUCUGUGUCGUACAGUUCACCUGAACACGUCUCUCUCACAGUCCUGCCUCGGCCUCAACAUCCGCGGAGGAAGAGAAUACGGACUGGGCAUCUAUGUCUCCAAGCUGGACCCAGGGGGACUGGCCGAGCAGGGCGGGAUUAAGAUGGGGGAUCAGAUUCUGUCAGCCAAUGGCGUAAGCUUUGAGGAUAUCACUCACAGCAGAGCCGUGGAGGUCCUGAAGAGCCAACGUCACCUCACACUGACGAUCAAGGAGGCGGGAAGAUACCCAGCUUAUCAGGAGCUAGUGGCGGAGUACAGCUGGCUUGAUAAGCGAUACAGUAAAGUGUUCCAUUCCUUGCCGCGGGGGUCGGACUCGUCCUCCUCGGCUUCCUCUCUGUCCUCUGGAACCCCCCUCAGCUCGGUCGCUGGUCUCUCCCAGGCUACGCUGCCUCUCUCUCUGCCCCUCAGGUCUCAGAUGACUGACGUGUCCAGCUUCACAGAGGGCCAGUUUCACACCGAUUCCCUCGAAAAUGAUUUCCACACUGAGACGAGACUGAGCCGUGGCCUGACGGAACUCCUGCAGGACUCGGCAAUCCGAAACGAUGAAGGAGCAGGAGGAGGAGGAGGAGGAGGAGACGACAGAAGAGAGGGGAGGAAAACAUCUCUCCUGAUGGCACUAAGCCGACCUGGUCCACCCAUCCGCAGGACCCAGAGUCACAUGACCGUCUCAGAAGAAGAACAGAGGAAGCAGAAGAAACAGAAAGAAGGAAGAGAAGACGGCGUGAUCUCGUUGCGGCGUUCCAAAACCUUCCUCGGCCUGCUUUGGAAGAGGAGCUCGUCUAGGGAGCGUUCCAAAUCGCCGUCCCGAGCCGAGCCCGCUCAAGCUGAAGGUACGACAGGAAGCAGGUCGUCCGAUCAGGAAGUUCUCACUCAGGUGGAGGAAAUGGCCAAGAAGCUGCUGGAGGAGGAAGACGUAGCUGUGCUCACGGAGAUCUGCAAGCGGUAUACAGCAGAGCGAGAACUGAAGUCUCUAGUGCGCCCCCUGCUGAGCAUCCUGGAUGGACCGGAGAAACUUCUGUUACUGAGGGAGAUCAGGAUGCUCGUCCCUCAAGAGGAUCUUCAGCAGUUUAACAACCUGGUCAAACCCUUUGAGGAGGAAGCCUAUGACAUAUUAAAGAGACGCUCUCGACGGUCGUCCCCUCUGCGCUCUCCCAAAGCAGGCCACGCCCCCAAGCGCCACCUCAUCACACCUGUACCAGACCAGCAAGGUGGGUUCGAGCUCCAGGCAACCGAGGACGUGGACAGACAGAACCGUCUCCUGGAGCAGUUACAGCGUCUUCGAGUGUCUCAGACUCAAAGCGAGAUGGAGGAACCUUCCCAAGUGUCCUUCACUCCUCUGCUGGACAUUCCCGUAGACUCAUAUUCUCACCCAGAUUCCCUCAAACCUCCCAGAUCAUCUCCUACGAUCCCAAACUGGCUACUGACCCAAGACUCGCACUCUCCUCCCACCACGCCCGGCGAGCUCGCACCGAAUCCGGAAAACGCCCCCUCGAGAAGGGGGAGGUCCCCGUUCCGUAACAGACAAUCGGAGAGCAAAGCAGAUAAGAAAGAGAAAGCAGGACAGGAUGUUUUCUUCACCUUAGUGGACACUCCUUGUCACAGAAGGCCGCUUCUCUCGCAGGUCUUCAAUCCACUCGGGAGAUCGCAGAGCUCUGGAGCGCCUUCUGUGGGACACGGUGAGGAAACGCAGGCAGAGGAGCCGCACCGUGAUCAGGAAUACGAACUCCAAAGCGUCUGCAUCAGCAAAACCAAACGCUCUCUGGGGAUCAGUAUCUCAGGUGGCGUGGAGUCCAGAGUUCAGCCUGCGGUCAAAAUCGAGAAGAUAUUUCCCGGAGGCGCUGCGUCCACCAACAACAUGCUGCAGGCAGGCUUUGAGCUGGUGUCAGUAGACGGUGUAUCUCUGCAGGGCGUCACACAUAAGGACGCAGUGGAAAUCAUCCGCCAAGCUUUCAGCAACAAACACACUGAUCCCAUGGAGCUGGUGGUGAAGGUUCCUAAACACUCCUGACACACCUUCCUGCUUUAAACAUCACACGACUAUAAAAUGCUGGACGAUGCCACACCUAGCGACACCCAUAAGUGACCGCAUGAGCGGGGAAAAUACACCAGCAUUCCAGCACUGUUCCUAACACGCUCUCCUCCGGUUCCUCUGACGACCAUCUGAACAGUUGUUAGUGACACAGCUGACGUUAUACUGACCUCAGGAACCUCAAAAAACUCACACUCUGUUACCAUAGCAACACUCUUUACAUUGAAUGAUUAAAAAAAAACUCCUCAUGCUUUACUCAUUCCUCCAUGUUUGUUGUUCUUGCGAUCUGAUUGGUCAGGAGCUUUAUAGCACUCAGCUGUCACGUUUCUUAAAACUAAAAAAAAGGGAUUAUUUAUCUCUAACAGUUAUCCCUAAUGAGAAGCCUGAGGUGACGGCGGUGAGGAAAAACUCCCUGAGAAUAUCUGAGGAAGAAACCUUGAGAGGAACCAGGCUCAGAACCUCAUCCUCAUUUGGGUGACACUGGACAGGAAAUAAUGUAAAUGUUGAUAAUGUCCUUUCUGCAACAGCAACCAAGAGCUCUUAAGGAUCUAAUAGGUCAGUGUAGUGUCUGAGCCCAUUAUAGGCUAAGCUCUAAUUCAUUGACCGAGGCAAUGGCAGUUCAGAGACGGCAUGAUCGUCUCCAAGUGGUUCUAUCCACAACAGUCCCCUGGGUCACAUGCUGUCCACACAGAUCUGUCCACAGAGACAGUAAGCACCACCAAGCCACGUGAUUCUAACCAGGGGUUGAACGUCUGGAUGGAUCAGGCAGGUCCAGGAAGAAGAACACUGGGUACACUCAGAACACAGCUCAGGAGUGGGAGGUAUGUCGAGAGAGAGAGAGAGAGAGAGAGAGAGAGAGAGAUUAGCAAAGUGUAGGUAGGGACUCCAGCAAGGCUAGCUAUGACACCAUGUAUAGCAUGUAUACUGUUCUGGUAUCUGUAGCUUGUCUGUGUCUGAGCGUAUACACGAAGAUUAAUUCUGUAUUAAAUUGCUGAUAUGUGAGUGUGCUGAAAAAGUACUGAAUAAAUAUUUACCAUGUUAAAUAAUGAAGAUGUUGAGGUUCUCUUUGGGAGGGACACGGUUGGACGGAAUAGGAACGAGUACAUCAGAGGGACGGCUCAUGUUGGAGGUUUGGGGGACAAAGUUAGAGAGGCCAGAUUAAGAUGGUUUGGACAUGUCCAGAGGAGGGAGAGUGAGUAUAUUGGUAGGAGAAUGUUGGACAUGGAGCUGCCAGGCAGGAGGCAAAGAGGAAGGACAAAGAGGAGGCAUAUGGAUGGAAUAAAUGAGGAUAUGAAGCUAGGUGGAGAGAGAUGAUUCGCUGUGGAGACCCCUGAAGGGAAAAGCCCAAAGAAGAAGAAGAAGAAACAUGAUAAAUAAUAAUGUUUCGUAUUAUCAUCACCUUGAUAUCAGGAUUUUAUAACUAUAUAUAUAAAAUAUUUAUAUAUUUGUGUGUGUUUACAGCUCAGUGCCGCUAGAGGGAGUUGCUGCUCUCCAUUCACCAUCACUCAGCUUACUGCAGCAGCGCGCUCAUAAUCAUGAGGUCUCUCUCUCUCUCUCUCUCAUAUUCCUUCCAUUCCCUCUCACCCUUUUCUUUUCUCUAUUC